UUUCUUAUCAUUGUUCUUUUUUAAUUUUUAUUUCUUAUUUUUAUAUGUUUUUGCUUUAACUGUCUCUGUUCAGUGAUUUCUUCGAAUCUGUGCUCUUUGUUUGUUUUCUGGGUUUUGCUUUAUGGUGUUUGAUGUCGUUUACUGGGUUUCUCAUAAUUUGGAUUCUUUUGGGUAAUGAUUAUGGUUUUCGGUGGUCUCAAUUCUGUUUGCAUGAUUAAAGUUUUAAAAUUUAUCAAUCUCUGUUUAUGUUUCGGAUAGGAUUGACAUUUUGGAAGUGUAUGUAUGGGUUCGUUGACUUUUGCAAUGAUGGGUUUGACUUUUAUUUGAUCUGCAUCUAUGGCAAUUAUGUUGUUAUUAUUUUGGGAAAGUUUGUGGUACUUGAUUCCGCCAAUUCACAUUGAUGGUUUUUUAGUCUGUACUACGCCGGGUUUGCUUGUUAGAGUUUGAUUUCUUGUUGUAGUAUGUAAUUUUUGUUUUUUCGGAAAUAUAUAAUUCGUAAUUCUGCUCCGCACUGAUGGAUAGGGGGAAUUGAAUGAGUCUUGUGGUUAAUAAAUCAUUCUGAAUGAGUUUGAACUUUAAUCAUGACAAUUGCUACUGAUCGUGUCUUGAAUUUUCAUUUAAGUUCAUCUACUCUUGACCCCCUGUAUUCAUCCAUUUUAUCACCAUGCUUGGUUUUUGUUUUUGUUUUUGAAUUAUGUUUUUGGUGUAUAUAUUGAAAAGUCUUUUGAGCUUUGUAUGAUAUGUUCUCUCUCAAUGAUAUUGCUGCUACAAUAUGUUGGUUGGGGUAGGAUUUUGGAAUGGUUUUGAUAGAUGUAAGAGGAUUUGUAAAGGGAUUUUGGACAAGACUUGUUUGAAUAAUUGUUUUGUUUUGUUCUGUUGUGAACUAAAGUCGUCUUCAAUUGACCCUAAUUUCUUAUUUGUUACUUAUUGGAGCUUGCAAUUUUAUAGGUGUCUUCCAAACCCCCUGUAAAUUGUAUGAGUCAAGGCUAAAUCACUUUUGGAACUGCUGAACUGGGAUAACUUUUUUAUGGGACCAUUCACCUUAAGUUCUGACGGAUAGGAAUCUUUCUAUGUGAUGAGUUUAUUUCUGAUCAACAAUGAUAGGAAGGAAGACCAUGGGACGAGCAUCACCGUUACUUUUGGUUCUUUUGGCUUUUGGCUUUUUCUUUGCCACUUAUAAUUUGUUGACUAUGAUAAUCCACUAUAAAUCUGUUGGGAAAUGGGUAGGCAAUGGUUCAAAUAGCAGGCUACUCACUGACCCCGUUGUUGAGAUGCCUGAGAAUGCAAGGAAACCAAAGAAUUCCAGAUCGCCUUUCCAUGUUGCUUUAACAGCCACUGAUGCUUCUUAUAGCAAAUGGCAAUGUCGCAUAAUGUAUUACUGGUAUAAGAAGCAGAAGGAUUUGCCUGGAUCUGAAAUGGGAGGUUUCACUCGGAUUUUGCAUUCAGGAAACCCGGACAACUUGAUGGAUGAGAUUCCUACUGUUGUCGUUGAUCCACUUCCUGCAGGCCUAGACAGGGGAUAUAUUGUCUUAAACAGACCAUGGGCAUUUGUGCAAUGGCUGGAAAAGACUACAAUUGAGGAAGAAUACAUAUUGAUGGCAGAACCUGAUCACAUAUUUGUAAGGCCUCUUCCUAAUUUGGCACAUGGUGGCUAUCCGGCUGGUUUUCCAUUUUUCUACAUUAAGCCUGACCAAAACGAGAAGAUUGUUAGGAAAUUUUAUCCUGAGGAGUAUGGUCCAGUUACAAAUGUUGACCCAAUUGGCAAUUCUCCUGUAAUUAUCAGGAAGGAUUUGUUGGAAAAGAUUUCUCCCACCUGGAUGAAUGUUUCAUUGAGAAUGAAAGAAGAUCCGGAGACUGAUAAGACUUUUGGAUGGGUGCUGGAAAUGUAUGCUUAUGCUGUGGCAUCAGCUUUACAUGGCGUCCAGCAUAUUCUUCGGAAGGAUUUUAUGCUUCAGCCUCCAUGGGAUUUGGAAAUUGGUCGGAAGUUCAUCAUCCAUUAUACUUAUGGAUGUGAUUACAAUCUAAAGGGUGAGCUCACAUUUGGCAAAUUUGGAGAGUGGCGAUUUGACAAGAGAUCAUACCUACGUGGACCUCCACCAAGAAACCUCUCCCUCCCACCUCCUGGGGUACCUGAAAGUGUGGUUACCCUUGUAAAGAUGGUGAACGAAGCUACUGCUAACAUUCCCAAUUGGGAUGCAACUUAAUCAGCUAUAUUCAGAAUGUACACAUACACAAAAAUUGGAGAUGGAAACUUUAGUUUCUUGUGCAGCCUCUUAGAAAUGUUAAUCUACACAAACCUCAGGUGAUUAUGAAAUUGAAGCAUAAUUAAUCAGAAAGAGAUUUUUUCGUGUCUCAAAUGAAGAUAUAAAGGCACAUUGGUAGAUGAACAAAGAGCAACCUGUUUUAGCCAUGCCACUCUUUCUAAGUAGUCAAGUUUUUGUUUUCUUAGUUUGUAAAAUUUUUUGAAUAAACUUUUAUCUCUAAUUAAGCAAUGCAAAAUCAGUUGUAUCUACCCAAAAUUAUGAUAAAGCAUAUCAUGGAUGACAUUGCUGCUUAGUUACUCUCUUAGGUUCUGGCGUGUGUUUUUACACCCGUUCUCAUAUAGAACCUGGAAAGGAAAAAGGAAUUCAGAACU